AUGCAAGCGAUUAAAUGUGUAGUCGUGGGAGAUGGCGCUGUAGGGAAGACAUGCCUUCUCAUUUCAUACACCACCAAUGCGUUUCCUGGAGAAUACAUUCCAACGGUGUUUGACAACUACUCUGCUAAUGUGAUGGUCGACGGCAAAACCAUCUCGCUUGGAUUAUGGGAUACCGCCGGACAAGAAGAUUACGACCGACUCCGCCCGCUCUCUUACCCUCAAACGGAUGUCUUCUUGAUUUGCUUUUCCCUCGUCAGUCCUCCAAGCUAUGAGAAUGUUAGGACCAAGUGGUUCCCUGAGAUAUCCCAUCAUGCACCGCAAACUUCCGUUGUACUGGUAGGGACGAAACUUGAUCUACGCGAAGACCCUGCGACAAUAGAGAAACUCCGAGACCGUCGUAUGGCGCCAAUCCAGUACGCUCAAGGAGUCGCGAUGUCCAAAGACAUUGGAGCCGUUAAAUAUCUAGAGUGCUCCGCGCUGACACAGAAGGGCCUUAAGACCGUCUUUGACGAAGCUAUCCGAGCAGUCUUGAAUCCACCUCCACGGACAGACAGGGGCAGAAGUAAAGGGCCAAAGUCGUGCAUUAUCGCUUGA